AUGGCCGAGAUGUUCACCCCAGCGCCAGCUCCCAAGACGGAGCUCGGUCGUUACCGGGUUCUUUCUUCCACCGCCGGCGUGAGAGCCUCUCCGCUGCAGCUUGGAGCCAUGUCCAUUGGAGAAGCAUGGAACGACUUCAUGGGCUCCAUGAACAAGGAGAACUCCUUCAAGCUUGUGAGUACACGUCGUGGCAAGAUGGGCGACAAAGCUGACUUUUGUGCAACAGCUCGACGCCUUCGAGGACUGCGGCGGAAACUUCAUCGACACGGCAAACAAUUACCAAGACGAACAAUCCGAAGCUUGGAUCGGCGAGUGGAUGGAGAAGAAGCAGAACCGCGACUACUUCAUCAUUGCGACCAAAUUCACCACCAACUACGUCGUGGGCUCGGUAGGCAAGGGCAAGACGGUCAAUCACUGCGGCAACCACAAGAAAUCUCUCCGCAUGUCGCUGGACGCCAGUCUGAGGAAGCUGCGCACCGACUACAUCGAUAUCCUGUACUUGCACUGGUGGGAUUGGACAACGUCGAUUGAGGAGAUCAUGGACUCCCUGGAUGAGGUCGUCAAGCAGGGCAAGGUCUUGUACCUGGGCAUCUCGGACACCCCGGCGUACAUUGUGUCCGCUUGCAACCAGUACGCCAAGUCGAACGGCAAGACGCAGUUCAGCAUCUACCAGGGUCGCUGGAACGUCAUGCUGCGGUAAGUCUUGCGAUCAGAGAAGAGCUUCCUUCGAGACGUACUGAUGCUGUGGUGCACAGUGACAUGGAGCGCGAGAUCAUCCCCAUGGCCCGCCACUGGGGUAAGUAAAGACUUGAGUGAUAGGCAUCCAUUCACUCCCUAUACACCUACUUACGUAACACCAGGCAUGGCGCUCGCGCCCUGGGACGCCAUCGGCGGCGGGAAAUUCCAAUCCAAAAAAGAGCUCGAGAAGCGCAAGCAAAACAACGAGGGCCUGCGCAGCAUCAUGGGCCACGGCCAGACGGAACAGGAAGUCAAGGUCUCCGAAGCCCUCGAGCAAGUCGCCAACGAGCACGGCAUCGAAUCGCCCACCGUCGUCGCCCUCGCCUACGUCAUGGCCAAGGCACCCAACGUCUUCCCCAUCGUCGGCGGUCGCAAGGUCGAGCAUCUGCAGGCCAACAUCAAGUCGCUGGAGAUCAAGCUCACCGACAAGCAAAUCGAAUACCUGGAGAGCAUUGUUCCGUUCGAGCCGGGCUUCCCUAAUAAUUUCAUCGUAUGCAUAUCUCAUCUCUUCAUUCACCCACCGAGAGACAUUUAUGUUUAGAGCUCCCCUGCUGACGAGUUGCUUCUAGGGCGUGGACCCGCACAUCACCGGUCAGGCAACCUUCUUGACGGCUGCUGUUGCGCCCAUGGCUUUCGUCAAAGCUGGCAAGCCAAUUGGACAUGAAUAA